AUGUCCACUGGCUCUGUAGCAAGCGAUGCUGAGGACUUUGACACAUGUCACAGGAGGACUGCUGCAGCCUCUUUGGAAAGGACCAGGCGGAGAAUUGCCUGCUAUAAUCCCAGCCGGUAUUCGGAUGAGGAGUUGGAUGACGAUGCUGUGGACGGGAAGAGCAAACAGGAGCGCAAACUGUCCAAGGCGCACCCGAAGGAAGCGCGGCAGUUGCAGAGAAACGCGGCCAACGCCAGGGAGAGGGCGCGGAUGAGAGUGCUGAGCAAAGCCUUCUCCAGACUGAAAACCAGCCUGCCCUGGGUGCCCGCGGACACCAAACUGUCGAAAUUGGACACGCUUCGACUUGCCUCCAGCUACAUCUCUCACCUCAGACAGCUCCUGCAGGAUGACCGAUUCGAGAACAGCUUUGCGCACCCGGUUAAUCUGGUAUGA